ACCCGACGGUUUCAUUUUAUCGGUGGCCCAGUGAAAACUCGAGUCGUGUGCGGUUUUCCUUCCGUGUCCGCGUCGAACAACAAACCCACGUGCGUUCCGUACCGUCCGCCGUUUCGUUUUCGAAGUCGCGUCCCGUUUUAUUUUUAUUUUUUCUCUACCCCGGUACACUUUGCAAACACGAUGAUCGCAAACAAGUUCACCGUGUUCACAGCGGUCGCGGUACUGUCCGUGAUGGCGGUCGCCGGCUCGCCGGUCGCCCAGAAAUCGGGCGGUGGCGACGACGACGCGAACCGUCUGCAGUACGCGGUCGUUCGCGAGGAGGAGCUGGUGCAGAAGCUGAACGCCAAGUGCGCGGCUCAAGACGUGUCCAGCUGCGUCAUGCUCAAGUUGGUCACGUACAUGAAUAAGCUGAUGAAGAAGAACACGCUGGAGUUCGGCGACAUGAUGGAGAUCGCCAAGAAGGACGGACCGGCCGGCGAACCGUCGUCGGUCGACGUCGAGGAGACGGUCAGCGUGGACUCGGCCGCCCGCGGGUACAGCGACGAGUCCGCUUUCGGACAGGUCAUGGCCGAAAAGCUCUGGAGAUACGUGCAGACACGAUCGCUGAAGAUCAAACUGCUGCCCGAGGCCGACUUUGUCGUGUCCGCGUCCCCGGAACAAGACGGAUCCCUAAACUUCGGCAUGUCGUACCGUUCCGGCAAAGACAUGGAAUCCGGCCGGGGUAAGAACAAGAACAUGGGACCCAUGAUGGCCGCCAUGAUGAUGAAAAUGGGCAUGCUCAAGGUGCUGGCGUUCAAGGUGCUCGCGCUGCUCGUGGGAAAAGCUCUAUUGAUUAGCAAGCUCGCGUUCUUGCUGGCCACCAUCAUUGGGCUGAAGAAGCUGUUCAGCCAACAGAAGCACGUCACGUACGAGGUGGUAGCCCAUCCGCAUCACGAGUCGCACGGCAGCGAUUCCUACAGCUCGGCCGGAUGGGGCCGUUCCUCGUCCGAAGCCGCGCACAAUAUGGCCUACUCGGGCCAAACCCAUUGAUUUGAAGCCGGUAACUGCACGAAACAUCAACAUCGCACGAUGAACUCAAGUCCUAUCACUACUACAACUACUACAAUUACUACUACUACUACUACUACUACUACUAGAAUUAUUAAAACUGUUACAACUGUACCGUACACGCACAUACAUUUGGACGUUUAGUCAGCAUCUACUCCCGUGCAUCCGGUGCCCGAGCAAUUAAAUCAUUCCAAGCCAGCGGAAAGAUGAAAAAAAUAAUUAUGUGAAACACACGAUAUUUAUUUAUGUUAAUUAAUUUUGCGUUUAGUUCUUAGUUAAUUUAUUACAUGUUGUAAACGAUGCGCCAUCUCCCCGCGGUCGAGUCCCACGCGACGCGUAUAUAUCAUUGUAAUGAUGUACUCGUUUUAGGAAAUACGAGUAGCUCAACCGCACUCGUGCAAUCGAUUUCGCCGCGGGAUUAGAUUUACAAUUUAUUUAUUAUUAUAUUUAUUUGUUUAUUUUUAUCGCGUAUCUACGUAAAACACGUGAGUACAAUAAUUAUUAUAUACACCCGAACGGCUAAUGUAGCUCUCUACAACCCAAAUAUUGUUGUUGUUAAUGAUAUUGUGUAUUUUAAAUAUUACAUUACUUGUUUGGAACAAAUUUA